UUUACAACAAUUUACUUGUGUGUUUUGUUUUCACAUUCAUAAAGGGACUGUUGUUGUUAUUAUUAUCUUUUGUUGACGAAGAACGAUACAAUUGAUCACAUGACGCCGAAUACACGUUCUGCAUAUCAGAAUUGAGAUUAUGUGUUGAUGUAACUGUUCACAUUUUGUUUGAUUUACUGGACGACAUAAACAUCUAGCUAGUUGCUGCUAGCUAGCUAGCUAGCCAGUUAGGCAGCGAUCGAGCUAAACGUCAAACAGACGAGUGGACUGUAAAAAUCUCAUCUGAACUGACUCCGAAGGUAAAACACAUGUCAUGUUAAAUUGAAUAAUCUGUCGGAUCGGGAUCGUUGCUGUUGUGAAGCGGCGCGAGUUAGUUGAGUUGGGACAGCCGCCGCCGCUGGCCGUGUCGUCAGGUGUCAUUCUCUAACUACUAACGUUACGUUAGUUUGUUGUGAUCGAUUUGAUUUUGAGAAAAUGGGUUCAAUACUUAGUCGAAGGAUCGCAGGUGUUGAGGAUAUCGACAUCCAGGCCAAUUCUGCUUAUAGAUAUCCUCCGAAAUCAGGAAACUAUUUUGCCAGCCACUUUUUCAUGGGGGGAGAGAAGUUUGACACCCCUCAUCCAGAGGGAUAUCUCUUUGGGGAGAACAUGGAUCUCAACUUCCUUGGCAACCGUCCAGUGCAGUUUCCAUACGUUACCCCAGCACCCCAUGAGCCAGUCAAGACAUUGAGAAGUCUUGUCAACAUCAGAAAAGACUCAUUACGAUUGGUCAGAUACAAAGAUGACGCUGAUAGUCCUACUGAUGAAGGGGGAAAACCGAGGGCCAUGUAUGGAGUAGAGUUCACAUUCGAUUCAGAUGCUCGAGUGGCCAUAACCAUCUACUGUCAGGCUUUUGAGGAGUUUUCUAAUGGGAUGGCAAUAUACAGCCCUAAAAGCUCUGCAUUGGUCUCUGAGACUGUAUAUUACAAGAGAGGAGUAAGCCAGCAGUUUACCCUCCCAUCCUUCAAGAUUGAUUUCUCUGAAUGGAAGGAAGAAGAUCUUAACUUUGAUUUGGACAGAGGUGUUUUUCCUAUGGUGAUUCAGGCUGUAGUUGAUGAAGGAGAUGAUUGUUUGGGUCAUGCACAUGUGCUGUUGGCAGCGUUUGAAAGACAUGUUGAUGGCAGUUUUUCUGUGAAGCCUUUGAAACAGAAGCAAAUAGUGGAUCGUGUUAGCUACUUGUUACAGGAGAUUUAUGGAAUUGAGAACAAGAACAAUCAGGAAACAAAGCCAUCUGAUGAUGAAAACAGUGACAACAGCAAUGAGUGUGUAGUGUGUCUGUCAGAUCUGCGAGACACCCUGAUUUUGCCUUGUAGGCACUUGUGUCUGUGUAACUCCUGUGCUGACACCCUACGCUACCAGGCUAACAACUGCCCGAUCUGCCGACUACCGUUUCGGGCCCUUCUUCAGAUCCGAGCUGUAAGGAAGAAACCCGGAACACUUACCCCUGUUUCCUUCAGCCCAGUUCUGGCUCAGAGCAUGGACCACGAUGAGCAUUCAAGUACAGACUCCGUUCCCCCCGGCUAUGAGCCAAUCUCCCUUCUGGAGGCUCUGAACGGGCUUGGCGCAGUGUCCCCUGGCAUCCCGUCCGCCCCCCUGUACGAUGAGAUCAACUUCUCUGGGAGUCUGAGUGGAGAGAGCAGACAGCUCAGUUCACCCGAGCACUCUGGAGACAGCGCCGGACAGAAGAGUAAAGUCAGCAAGUCACCAGACAGCACACUGCGCUCUCCAUCGUCUCCCAUUCAGGAAGAAGAUGAAGAAAAACUGUCAGAGAUGUCUGACGCACAGGCUCACAUGCUGUUGUCCAGCAGUCCCGCCCCCACCGAGGGCACUGCAGGGGAUGACUGCCCUGACUCACUUUCUCCUGAAGAUGAAGAUCCACUGGAUGAAGAAGCCAUGAACGACUGCAGCAGCGAGCACAGCAGCUUCACCAAAACUGAAAGUGACCCUCCCGGAGAUCUGUCCCUCCCGGCUCUAGGUCCUGAUUCCUGCUCUAUUGGUUUGGAAGAGUAACUGGAUUGUCUGGCUCGAGAGAAAGCCUGAACACUCAGAGCACCUGCUGCUCCAGUCAACCGCUUCUGGGUGCUUCAAGCCAUUUGCACAUUGAGGAUGAAGAACUGGAUCUUUAACCAACUGCUUCUUUGAAGCAUCUGUACACCGCUUAACACCAACAUUCCCGUCUCUGUAUCAGACUUUGGACAUAACCUAUUCUAAUCCCAAUCAUUUCACUUAACCUAACCUUACGUGUGGCUUGGGCUUUUGUUUUUGUAUGACUUUUCUCUUGAUGAUCUAUCAUAUUUAUUAGACUUGUUUAUACAUGAUUUUAGUGAUUUGUUUCAUCAGGUUGCCCAGUUAAAGGGACAGUUCACCCAAAAGCGAACCAUUUGUUCACCCUCAUAUCAUUCAAAAAGUGUAUUGUUGAUGUUACGCUAACUGGCAAGUAAAAUUAGCAUUAAACUUGUGGCUAUAACGUUGUUUAAGAGUUUGGAACAGCACAGAGACAAUUUUCAUUUAUGGGUGAACUAUUGAAGUGAGAAGUGGUUUGUGUGACUUGUGCAUUGUUGUGUUUGAAAGCAAAGCAGGUUCAUUUUAAAUGUAUUAUGAGGCUAAGCUGUAAUAUAAAGCUUUGAUCGUGCAGCAAUAUACAACCAGCCGAGGUUAAUAGACGAAGCACAUUAAAAGAAAGUGAAAUGAUCGUUUAUUUAAUAAGUAAAUAAUACAGAAAUAUAAUUGUACCUGCAAAUGUUUGUAAUAAGUGAUGCUUACAGCCAGUGUAUAUAUAUUAAUUAUUUGAAAUGUAUUAAUAGUUCUCAAAUACUGUUGGUUGACUUCUUGUCAGUUUUAUGACCAAGUAUCGUGUGGUCGGUCUAACAGUGCUUUAAACGUGCCCGCCUGUCCAGCUAUUUAUCCUCUUUAAAACUUUGAGUCCUCAAAGUCCUGAAAAGCCAUGGUGGAUUCUUUUUACCUCUUUAUUGCGUAUAUAUGUAUAUUGUAAUAACUAUAAGUGAAGGCAUUUAUGCAUCAGUUCAGGUAUUAUUUAAUAACAACUUUAGUGUAAGUUGUGAACACUUGACAGAAGUUAAGUGUUGCUUUGCAGCAGGACUCUGGAUACGAGAAAGCAAAGAUCAGCUUACCGCUGGUUAAGAGUCACAAUAUGCAUGAAAUGUCAGUUGUCUUUAAACAUGCAGUGUAUUGUAGCAUUAUGCAUAGAGGUAUAUGUGCCUUUAAAGAACAAAGCAAGUGAUGCUACAGCUUUCGCUUAUAGCUGUGCUGUUCAUUGGCUGUGUAUCCUUAAACCUGUAACCUUUGGCCUUGACCAUACAUAGGCAUUGGGUGUGAGAGUAAUGUUUUUUAUUUGUAAUGCCCAUUUUGAGUGUAAAUCAUUUUAAUGUAACACCAAGUAGCUCAAAACUCUGCUGCUUCUAUUUAACGUUAAUACAAAUAAACUUUGUAAUGCUAUUUCACAUGA